AUGGCUGUUCCAGCCACGACGUCGACUCUAAGCCCUCGGAAGUCCGCAAGUCCCAGCCUGACUGUACGUGUCGGUCGGGAACGCAGUAGCAGCAUCGUCAAGGUCGAAAAGGUUGGCGAGGAGAGCCAAACCGAUGUGCUUGACCAGGGCGUGUACGACAACCUGAACGCGGAGUGGGUGAAUCGCAAGGGCGCAUGGCUCAUCCACACCGUCCUCAUCCUUGCAGGGAAGGUCGUCAUCGAUACCAUCCCCGGUAUGCCCCAGGAGAUUAGCUGGACGCUUGUCAAUUUGCUCUACCUCGGGUUCUCAUAUCUCAUGUUCCACUAUGUCACUGGCAUCCCCUUCCAUUCGGAUCUUCACGGUGGCGUGUACGACAACCUCACUCUGUGGGAACAGAUUGACGAGGGCGCCCAAUACACUCCUGCAAAGAAAUGGUUGUUCAUUGUGCCCAUAACACUAUUCCUUGCAUCCACGCACUACACGCACUACAAUCCUUGGCUCUUCGCUAUCAACCUCACUGCUCUCGUCUUCGUACUAAUACCGAAGCUUCCAGCGUUCCACCGAUAUCGUGUGCGCUUUAUGGUACCAGACGAACCCUCAAGGGUAGGCACGCCCGUCACCCCCAACUUCCCCCGCUCAGGAACGGCGACGCCCCUGGGCGAGUCUGCAUUCUCGAUACCACCGAUCGACAUCCGCGAGGUGGACUCAAGGCUGUAA